AUGGCGAGACGCAAAGUCCAUCGCAUAAGGUUUUUCGACUACGUCCCCCAAGCUAUCCAGUGCCUGGCAAUCGAUGGCAAGGAAACGGAUCACUAUGUGCGUUUGGCUGUAUCUCGCGCUGACGCUUCCAUCGAACUGUGGAGUGGCGAAGCGAGAGCCGGCAGGUCUGCACGAAUGAGUUGGUAUCAGGAGCUCGUGAUACCGGGAACAGAAGGAGAGUCUGUCGAAACUCUGACUUGGUGUGGAGGAAGGUUGUAUUCAGCUGGUCUUAAUGGUCAGAUUGUAGAAUGGAAUUUGCUUACGUUGGUGCCUAAGCAUGUAUACGACUCAUAUGGUGGUGCUGUGUGGACAAUGGAAUUUGAUAAAAAGCAAAGACAUCUUGCAGCUGGAUGUGAAGAUGGCACAGUUCGGCUGUUCAACGUCGAUCAAGGCAAUUUACAAUAUGCUGGCUGCUUUAGUCCACAAGAGAGUCGAAUUCUAUCAUUGUCGUGGCAUCCUACUGGAGACCAUAUUGUAACUGGAGGUGCUAAUAGUCAGAUACAAAAAUGGAGUGUUUCAGAAGGUCGUAUAGUUCUCAGGAUUUCAUUAGAUCAGUUCAAGGAAAAGAGCACUCUGGUAUGGGCUAUUGCUUGCUUAUCCGAUGAAACAAUCAUCAGUGGAGAUUCUACAGGCAAAGUGCAAGUAUGGAAUGGACGAUUUGGAACUUUGAGACAGUCGUUUCAACUACACACCGCUGACGUGUUGGCGUUGGUUGUAGGAAGUGCAGAGGACAUCGUAUAUGCGUCUGGAGUCGACAACAAAGUUGUGCAACUGCAACUAGUCAAACGAUUACGAAAAGAAGACUAUGUAUGGGUGAAUGCAAACUCUGUGCGUUGCCAUACACAUGAUGUGAGAGCAAUUGUGCUGUUUGAAACAACAUUGAUAUCCGGUGGGGUUGACACAAAUUUGAUGUUGCACGAUCUUGAGAGAGGAUUUAGCAGAGAUACGUCGAUGCUGGUGCCUCCAUUUCCUCGAUGCAGUCGCGUUUCGUUAGCCACCGACGCUCAUUUGGUUCUCUUUCAAUACAGCCAGCAUCUUCACAUCUGGUCGCUCGGUCAGGAAAUAGAGAACGAGCACACAGACACCACAGAAUCAACAUGUGAUCCGGAUGACUUUGAAGUGUUAGCUGCAGCACCAAAAGAGAUUGGCAUUCCACAUUCUAUGAAUACGAGUAGUGGGAAAUUGAAGGUGGAAACCGAACCUGCAUUGCUGCUCGAAAUUUGUUCAUCCAGUCAUCAUCACAUUUUGUCCAGCUCAAUCUCUGCAUGUGGUAAGUUUGUCGCAUUCAGUGACACACGUAAGAGUAGGAUAUUGCAUCUGUCCAAUAUGUCCAAGAAGUCCUCAAGGAAGAAGAAGCAUCUACCAAAGGCAACACCGAUCUCUUCAGAUCUACACCAUCAUCUUCCUCCUGCUCAUCGUUUGGCUUUCAUCCCUGAUUCUAACCAGCUUGUUUUAGUAGAUACUAGUGCAUUAGUUCACGUGGUAAAGAUCACUGAUGAGCACGUCUCUAUUCAAUUUACCUUCUCUGAGCAUGCCAAGCCAUUGGAUGGAAUUGUUGUUCCGGUAGACGUUCUUCAAGUGAGCCGGUGUGGCCGAUAUGCAGCAACUGGCGAUUUAUCAAAGCGUAUUCACGUGUUUGACUUGCAACUGCUUUCCUGCAUUUCCACAUUACCGGUCGGGCAGUCUACUCACACGGCCAUUGCGUUUCAGCCACAGAGCACGACAUUAGCCAUUUGCUCCAGUAAUAAACACAUUCAGAUGUUUGAUUUUAUAAAAGGCCGAUUUACCGAGUGGUCAAGAGAAGCAGCCAGUAAUGGUCUACCUCGUCAGUGGGUACAUCAUGCAGCUAAAGUUCAUGGUAUUUGCUUUGAUGCUGAAAAACCAUCAAAAAUGGUCUUGUGGGGUCACUCUACAUUCUGCACUAUUGAUGUCAAUGAAAUCAUUUCAAAGACCAAGUCUAGAAGGUUUAUAGCAGAGAAUGAGGGGAAAUCGGCUGCAAAAAGAAAGAAGUUCAAUGAAGUUUCUGCGACUGAAGCUUUCCUGAAGAUGUCUAGGUUAUUUCAUAAUGCCAUGUUUUUUAGUUACUUUGGUGUUGGCAAUGCUGUAGUAGUCGAGCGACCGUGGCAUUCUAUUUUACAGAAACUGCCGCCUGCUCUGUUUAGGGUUCGCUAUGGAACCUGAAUGGAUUUCAUGUGUAUGACUGUUGUCUUAGUGGUUUUCUAAUACUAUAUUUGUUUGAUUGAAAUUAUUUGCAAUGGUCGAAAUUGUGAAGAAGGU